UUGACGGGCAGAUGGCAGGCCGGAUGCGAUUCGAUUGUCUGUACGUAUGUCUGGAUUCGGCCCUUGCAUGUCAAGCCGGCGGAAGUCCGUGAUAGUGUGGCAUGGAUGGCUGGUUAGUGCUGAGGGAGUCUUUGGGGUUGCAUCAUCGGCUGUCAUGUCGAUUGAGCUCCCCGCGCCGUUCAAAGCUUCAAGGCCUACCCACCACCACGCCACCACCGUUCACUGUCACCUCUCUGGCACAUCUGUAGCACACCACCCGCAGCCAUGUCGGAUGCACUCCCAUCACCUCUGCCGGAGCCAGCGGCAACCCACGCCGCCUCCGUCUUCACCCCAAUAAACAUCAUUCUGUUCUCUCUCCUCGGCCUGCUCGUCUAUCUCCGCCUCAAGCCAGCCGCUCCGCAAACCCUCCCGCGCGCCCCGCCGCCAACCGUCUUCCGCACCUUCACGCCGCCCUCGCUCUUCCCCUACAAUGGCUUGAACAACAUGCCCGUCUACCUCGCCGUCCGUGGCCGUGUAUUUGACGUUACAUCCGGUCGCAACUUCUACGGACCCGGUGGCCCUUACGCAAACUUCGCUGGCCGGGAUGCCUCAAGGGGCCUGGCCUGUGGUAGUUUCGACGAGGACAUGCUGACCAAGGAUUUGGAUGGACCGCUAGACACUCUCGAGGGUCUGGACGCCGAGCAGAUGGAUGCGCUGAGGGGAUGGGAGGAGAGAUUCGAGGAAAAGUAUUUGGUUGUGGGCAAGCUGGUGCCUGUGGGUCACCCUGAGGCCGAAGACACCAAGGCGUAGAUCCGACAAGGCAGACGUCUAGCAAGACUAUUGUGAAGACCAUAGCUGCUUCAUUGAGGCGAAAGGAAUGCUAUCCGUUCGCCAUGCGUCGCCGCCCAUGGCCCCGUAACGGUUUGCAAUCCGAUAAGACCGCCAUAACUACAAGCCUGUGCCAAAGCAACUGCAUGUAGAGGAAUCCAGCUGAAAGGCACGUAAGCAAGGACUGAAGGGGUUUCUCAGUUUCGAAGGGCACUCUAACAUGAAAUCAAGCAUGUUCAUAUUCUUGUAACGGUUCAUCGGUUCGCAUUGACACCUAGUAUCGCACCAGUCUUGAGUGAAGGUUGACGAAUGCAUGACUUGGACACGCCCUGUCCCUAGUACAACAUCCUUAGCGUAACCGCCCGAAUGCGGGGUUAGCUCUGAUAGGCAAUCAAAUCCCAUUUACUUCAGCACACCUGAUAGCAGAGUCACCGCG